AUGUUCUCUUUAUUCUCUAAACAGGCAUCGCGCAAAUACGUCGAUCUCAUAUACGGGGUGUCGUCCAAGUGGGCUAAUUGGGACCCACCGAAGAAGCUCGAGCCAGGCGAUUUCGGGGUCAUCGAUUCGGGCUCGGGGCAGUUUGAGAAGGAGGGCAAUAUCUACGUCGAUCUCGCCGCCGACGAAACCGUUUGCCAGAUUGUAUCGCGGUAUCCGCCCGCUCGACUCCCGUCCCGGGAUCAAUACAUCAUCAGCUCUUCCAAAGUAAGGCAACUCGAAUUAUCGGCUGAUGUGCAUGCCAACGUAGGCGAUGUGGUUGGCGGUGCGUUCAAAGGUCAGUGGAAAUUCGACAAGAGUAGGGGCGCUCUGCUUGUCAUGGAUCGUCCAGAGACGACCGUGAUAGCGGAUCAGCUCUUGACGGCCCUCAUAGGCGUCGAAAAGCUGAGGGGGAGAUACUUGAUAACAGAAGUAUUCUCGUGCCCCGGCUACGUGCUCUAUCUGUCCAACAAAAGCAACGAAACCAUCGGGAUUUCGCUGCAAGCGGACGGUGUCCUUCCAUCCGCCGUGUCCCCCGGCGCACAGUUUGAUUCGGCCUGGAUUUGCGAAGGUGGCACCGGGCUGUUUCAGAAAGCGUAUCGCGAAGAAGCGUGCUUUACGCCGCUAUAUCAGGCCAAAACGAUCAGGAAGCACCGAGCGGCGAGAGUUGAACCUCGUGUGUAUGUCGUCCGUGCGUCCAUUGAUGUCUUGAUGCUGAUCGCGGCGUAG